CCAAUUCUGUAGCUGCAGUGUUGACCAUUCUCCAGAGCUCUGACAUUCCUGUGAGCUUCUUCCACUGAGCCUUCAUUUUUUUUUAGUAUUUGUGUGGUUGUGAUUGCUAGAUCGUCGUCACAUUCUGUGUGGCGAGCAUUGAUCCUUCGGCUCACAUUCCUGUCUCUGUUCUCCGCAAGGCCUUGGUUUCAGGGACAUUCGAUUUCGAGCCUGCUUCUUACCAGCCGUCGUUUCUCCCAAGGCUGUGAAUUUAUUUUCCUUAGCCAAUUGAGCGUUAGAGGCAAUGCUUUUCUUUCUGGUCCAUUGUACUUUUUAUUCUGCUCAAGGGUUUACUAUCCGGCGUAAUCGCUUCUUCCAUUUCGUGACGUUCUCCCAUCGUCUGGUCAACUGAAGCAAACGUUUAAACCCAGCCGAUAACCGGUAAUGGCUUCCGCUGCAACAGAAACGUCACAAUCCUCGUUAUCAAUAGCACCGCUACCCGCAGGAAUACCUGUACCUCGAACGUCAUCUACGAACGUAGACGAAACCCCAGCGCUGGUAACCACAUCCGCACCUAGUAACCCGCGAGCACUCACCGCUGCGACGGCGCCGUCCCCCUCGCGAGGCUCGGAUCCAGAUCUUCCGGCGAACCUUCGUGAAGGAGCAGCGGUAACCCGAAAAUCCUUCCCGAACGGCGACAAAUACGUCGGCGAAUGGGCGGGAGGCGUGCCGCACGGCACGGGGAGAUACUCCUGGGCUGAAGGGAGUUUGUACGAGGGGGAUUGGGAUCGAGGAAGGAAGCACGGCCAUGGGUGGUUCGAACUCCCGGACGGGACGCGGUACGAGGGGGAAUGGAAGGACGGGGCGUUACAGGGAGUGGGUACUCACUGGGCUCCCGACGGGGCGUUCUACACCGGAAACUGGGCCGCUGGGGUGAAGCACGGACUCGGUAGGAAGCAUUACACUAACGGGGAUGUUUACGAGGGGUUCUGGAGCCGAGGGGUCCCGGACGGGCCGGGGCGGUACAAGUGGAGCAACGGGAAUGAGUAUUUCGGGGAGUGGGAGGGGGGGCAGAUGAGCGGGUACGGCACGCUGACGUGGGCGAAUGGGGAUAGCUACGAGGGGGAGUGGGAGGCGGGGUUAGAGCACGGCGCGGGCACGUUUAAAUGGGCGGAUGGGAGCUCUUUCGAAGGGACCUGGAGCAGAGGAUUGAAGGAUGGUAAAGGGCUGUUCUUUCCGAGGGGGUGCGAUGAGGAGGAGGAGGAAGGAGAGGAAGAGGAGGAGUGGGUGGAGGAGGAUGGGGGUGGGGGAGGGGGGGAGGAGAAGGGGGAAGCGGGGCAGGGCGGGGCAGAGAUUGGGGGAGAAGGGGAGGGAGGGCAUACGGAGAAAGAAGCAGGAGCUUCUGGUAGUGAUGCUGGUGGUGGUAGUGGUGACGCGGGUGCUGGGGCAGGCGCGUUUCCUGCUGGCGCCUCUGCUGCUGCUGGCGGCGGUGGUGGUGGUGGCGGUGGUGUAGGAGGCGGUAAGAGAGGGGGAAAGGCGCUGGGACACGGGCUUGCAAUGACCCGGGGGCUCUCGAUUCGGUGGAGGUCAGGGGACUAUAAGAAAGCGCUGCAGCAGCAGCAAGAGGGGGAGGCAGGAGCAGUGACAACUGGCGGUGUAGGGGCAGCAGUGUCAGCAGGAGCAGUCGCAGGAGCAGUCGCAGGAGCAGUAGCAGGAGCAGGGGAGGGAGGAGGAGGAGCCAAGAAAGCAGCUGGACCGGGUGAGAAGGCAACAGGAGAAGGGCUGACUAUAGACACUGCAGCAGCGUCAGCAGCCGCUGUUGCUAAUUAUGAUCAUCGCCCGGCCACCAGUGGUGCUAUCCGCACCCCCAGAGGGGGUAAUAAUGCAAUUCGCCCCAGCAGCAGCGCGGGCGUAAUCAGCACUACCCCUCGCACCACCAGCGGCGUUGCUGCCCCUAGCAGCGGGGUCAGGAAGAUGAGCCGGAGUGUGUCUGUGAUUGGUGGAGGGCGGGCAGGGGCAGGGCGGGACUUAAAGCGGAAGGAGGAGCUAGAGCGGCAGUGGGCGGCGUGCAAGUUAAAAUUAGGUAAGUCUGAGUCGCUUCCCGGCGUCCCACGCCCUGCCAGGGGGGCGAUGGGACUCGUGGGAAGGAGGUUAUGGGAGAGCUGCAAGGAGAAGGGGAGUGUGGGGGGUGGGGAGGAGGGGAUGGGCGGGAUUGCAGAGGAGGCUGCUGCUGUGGCGGGAACGGGGAGGGGGGAGAAGGGGGAGAGAGGGGAGGAUGGGGGAGUGGAUGUGGUAAGGGGAGGGCCGGAAGGAGAGUCUGCUUCUGCAGGUGUGGCUGUAGGCGGUGCACCUGUAGGGGGGGUGGCUGUAGGAGAUGGGAGUGAGGGAGGCGUGAGUGUAGGCAGUGGGGCUGCUGUUGUUGGUGAAACAGCGGAGGCAGACGGGGAAGCAGGGCAGAAGACAGAGGGAACGAGUGCAGGAGGAGGGAGCGCAGCGAACGAAGGCGUGAAAGAGGACGCGAAUGGCGCAGGCUCCAAGAUAUGGAAGGUUUGGAGCAAGGAAAAGGAGAAGGACAGGGAUACCCAGCAGCAGCAGCAGCAGCAGCGGCAAGGAAAGGGAGCAUCUGGCGUGCGUCGCUGGUCUCUUCGCUCCAGGUCAGCAGCAGCAGAGAAGCCCCGCGCUCCGUCUCUCGACCUCCCCCAUGCGUCUUCUGAAGGCAGCAAACCCAGCAGCGGCAGCGGCGCCGGCAGCAGCAGCAACCACCUCCAAAGCAGCAGUAUUGGCACUGCUGCCACUGGUGCUACCACCGCUGGUGGUUCCCCUGCUGCUGGUGCUGCUGGUGCUGGGGGUGCUGGUGGUGGUGGGCGGGACAAGCCCCCUCCGAAAACGUCUGCACAUAAGCUGAGUCGCGCGUUCACUAUGGGCCCUGUGCCCGCCCGGGAAAACAGCAGCCAGGCUGAUAGUGGUGCUGGCAUUGGGAGUGGUGCUGGCAGCGGUGGUGGGAGCAGGUCCAUGGGGCAUCAUCAUGGGUCAUACAUGGAGUCGGAGAGUGGGGAGGAGUGGGAGGAGGGGAGGGCGGGAGGGGAAGGCGACCGCGGUGGGAGGGCUGGUGUGGGGGAUUCAGCUGACAGGCCCACUACCUCCUCCCAUGCACAAGAGAGCGAGGCGGGCGCAGACUCUGCCCUGGACUCCCUCCGCUCGAGCGCCAUGUUCUCAUCCGGCCGCAAGCAGAGGCACCACCGUCGGCGAAGGAAGGUGGUGACUGUGCGGGAGUACGUGCAGGGCGUGAUGGUGUCAGAGAUCCCUCGGUCCAAGAUGCAGCAUGACCUCGUGAGGCGGCGCGGUCCCACGCGCAGGGCAGGGAGGAAGGCGGGCGAGCUGAUCUAUAAAGGCCAUCGAAGCUACGACCUCAUGACCGCCAUUCAGCUUGGACUUAGGCACUCCACAGGGCGGGUAGCACCUCCCCCAGGUGCACCCUCCCAAGUAACACCUUCCCCUGAAGCGUCUCCCUCGGCAGCACCUGCCCCAGCUAUGCAUCCCCCAGCUGCGCCUCCCCCAGCUGCGCCUGCCUCAGCGGACCUCCGCCCAGAGGACUUUGAGGCAGCACAAGCCAUGUGGUUCCCGCCUGAGGGCUCCUCCUCCACUCCGCCCCACAACACCCUCCCCUUCACCUGGCGGGACUUUGCUCCUAAAGCUUUCAGCGAAUUGAGAGCCAUGUUUGGCAUCGACCCAGCGGACUACACGCUGUCUCUCUGCGGCGACAACGCACUGAGGGAGCUGUCUUCCCCGGGCAAGUCCGGGAGCGUCUUCUACCUCUCUGAUGACGACCGGUUUAUUAUCAAGACCAUGAGGGCUUCCGAAGUCAGGGUGCUCCAAAGAAUGCUGCCGGAUUACUUCACGCACGUGAGGGACGGCGAGCACACGCUCAUCACCAAGUUCUUCGGGCUACACUCUAUCCGCGUUUACAACACCAAGCCCGCCAACCUCUCCCCCUCCCCCUCCAUCCACACCAAGCUAUCACCCGCCUCCCCUGCUGCCACGUCAGCAGUAGCCCCAGCCACUGAUUCAUAUGCCUCUGGCGCUGCUACUGUUGGCACUGCUGCUGCUGGCAGCACCGCAGCUGGCAGCACCGCAGGCAAUGGCAGCACCCCCAUCACCGCGUCAGACCCCUCCAUAAGCCAAAUCCCUUUGUCUCCAGAGGUGUCUCUGGGCUGCCUAAACCCGUCGUCUCUUGCUCUCUUCCCCGCUUCCUCUGGUGUUGGUACCACCGCCCACAAUGCUGCCAUCACCACCAGCGCCACCAGCACCAACAACACUGCCGUUCCUGUCCAGACCACCGCUCCCACGAAUCAGCUCCCACACCAACAUCAGCAGCACCACGAGCAGCAGCAGCAGCAGCAGCGGUACCGGCGGCGGCGGCGGCUGCGCACGGUGCUGUCGUCGCCAUCCACGCUGAUCCGCUUUGUGGUGAUGGCCAACGUGUUCGUCACGGACCUGAGGAUGCACCGGCGCUUCGACCUCAAGGGGUCGUCGCACGGCCGCAGCACAGAGAAGGUGGCAGUGGAUGAGACGACCACCCUAAAGGACUUAGAUCUAGACCUCUGCUUUCACAUGCCGGCCUCCUGGCGUGCCCUCAUGCACAGGCAAAUCGCUCUGGACUCGGCGUUCCUGGAGCGCCAGAACAUCAUGGACUACAGCCUGCUGCUCGGGGUGCACUUCCGCCCGACCAAUGCGGCGCUGCCACCUGUCACCAUUGCAGAGGGGCGGCAGACCCAGGACGGCCAGUCCCGGCGGUCCAUCUCAGCCGGGGCUGCUGCACUUUUGGAUGCAGAGAGUGCAGUUCUGGAUUCCAAGGGGGACGCAGGGAACACAGUUUUGGAGUCGAGAGAAGCUGCUGCGCCUGAAAAAGCGCCUCUGCCUCCUCCUUCUGCCGGUGCUUCAGGCACCGAAGCAGGAUCUGGAGAGGACCGAACAGGGGGUGACACGUCAGCAGGGGAUGACCCAUCAGCAGGAGAAGAAGCCUCCCUGCGUGCCGCCUCGACUUCGUUCCCCAAGUCGUUCCGCCAGAUGAAGCACCAUAUGCUGCGGCCAUGGCAACGAGUCGCCUCCACCUCCGCCCCUCCACCUCCUCCAGCCCCCAUCCCUUCCAAGCCCUCCUCCCCUGCCUCCUCCUCCUAUGCAUUGCCGGCUGACGCACCAGUAGACGCCUCCACCACAACAGACAAACCAGGCAGUGCUGCAGGCGCGAUCGGAGAAGGGACGAGAGCAACAACAGCUGAGGCCAGAGCAGCAGGAGGAUCAGCAGCAAGAGCGGAUGGAAAGGCAAAUGCUCCACCUUUGCCACCGGCUUACCAGCAGCAGCAGGGAGGGAGUGUGGGGCGGGGAGGGAGCGGGAGAGAGGGAGGGAGUGGGGGGGAGGGAGGGGGAGGGGUGUUGCUGGGGCAGGGCAUGCCGGCGACGGCUGUGAGGGUGGAUAGGCGGACAAGGAAGGCAGUGAUGGACCCAGCAAAGAGAGAAACGUACCAAGUGGUGCUGCACUUUGGGAUCAUCGAUAUUUUGCAGGAGUACAAUACUCGGAAAAAAGCAGAACAUGUGUGCAAGAGGCUGCGGUACGACGGCACGUCCAUCAGCGCUGUCAACCCCACACUCUACGCGUCACGAUUCGGCAGCUUCAUUGCAGUCACGUUCCCCUCCAUCGACACUAAGGAGCUAGAAGAUGGUUCAGUAUAGUCACAUCUCCUUCCAAGAAAAACGUUUGGUGUGGAGCUUGUACUUUAUUUAACCAUGGUUUGAUUUCAUCACUUGUAGGAUGGCUCUCUACUCUAGUACAGGUGCUAUAUAACCUGUGGCAAUAUGGAGACUGCUGCCAACAAUAUCAGGAGGGAGUAGGUAGUUGAGUUUGCGUAACAUAUCCCAUUCUUGCCCUUGCGAUUUCACGGGCGAUUUCAGGCAAUUUAUGGUGGCAUGAGGUAGGUUCCUUGCCUCA